AUGGGGGCCCCGGACCCCACAGCAGGAGCCAGUGUGGACGAUGAGAACUGCUGGCAUCUGGACGAGGAGCAGGUUCAGGAGCAAGUCAAGCUCUUCCUGUCGCAGGGAGGAUACCACGGCUCGGGCAAGCAACUCAAUCUUCUCUUCAGCAAGGUGAGGGAGAUGCUGAAGAUGCGUGACUCCAACGGAGCGAGGAUGUUAACACUGAUCACAGAGCAGUUCAUGGCCGACCCUCGGCUGGCGCUGUGGAGACAGCAGGGCACCACCAUGACCGACAAGUACAGACAGCUCUGGGACGAGCUAGGUGAGAGAGGAAACGCACACCACACACAAUGA